UACAUUCAACAUACUAUAUCAGAAGAUCAAAUAUUGAUGAAAAUUCACCCAGGUGAAAAUAGAAUGCCAAAUAAUCCUUCACAUGCUACAUUGACUAUUGAAAGCCAAAAUCCAAAGACAAAAACAAAAGAAGUAAAAAGAUUUACAUGUAACUAUCAAGAUUGCUCUAGAACUUACAGUACUCCAGGAAAUCUGAAAACUCAUCAAAAGUCCCAUAAAGGAGAAUAUACAUUUGUCUGUGAUCAAGCAAGCUGUGGUAAAUCAUUUUUAACAUCAUAUAGUUUGAAAAUACAUGUUCGUGUUCACACUAAUGAGAAACCGUAUAACUGUGAUAAACAGAAUUGUGAGAAGUCUUUUAAUACACUCUAUAGGUUACGAGCUCAUCAAAGAAUCCAUACUGGUGAUACAUUUAAAUGUGAUGAAUCAGGUUGUACAAAAUUCUUUACAACAUUGAGUGAUUUACGUAAACAUCUUCGGACACAUACUGGAGAGAAACCGUUUCAUUGUGAAGAGACUAACUGUGGUAAAUCAUUUGCAGCAAGUCAUCAUCUAAAGACCCAUUCUAGAAUACAUACAGGAGAAAAGCCAUAUGUGUGUUCUCAAACAGGGUGUCAAAAAGCAUUCACUACCUCAUAUAGUUUGAAAAAUCAUGUCAAUCGGCACGAUAAAGAUGAUCAAAAUUCUACUACAAAUAAUAGUCCUCCUAAACAACAGUCACCUUGUUGUAGUUCUUCAAAUAUAGUUUCACAGUGUGAGGUGAGAUUUUUUUUUCUGUGGGUAACGUCAAUUAUUCAAGAACCGAUAGCAUUUGUCUCUAAAUUUACAGGUGACAUUGAUUUUAGAUUAUAUGGAACAAAAUCAUCAUUUAAACCCAUCUAA